UCGUGGCAUGCGGUUCACUCGAUCGGUAUUACAGGGUGAGAUAACUGGUGGCCGACAUAUGUGUACACGCGCUUGUUUACCCUGCUUACAAGCUAAAGUGUCCAUGUUUAACUAGACGUAUGAUGUGACCGAUCAACAGUCUACCAAGACACGUUAUCUCUCAUACUUCAAAGGUCAAGGGCUUCGAUUCAUUGUCACGUCACGUAGGAUGGAAAUCUAUCCGGUAAAACUCCUGUUGAAUAGAGGAUGACCAAAGCACUGAGUAAGCAACAACGGACAUGGAAAGCGAGAGAGAAAGUUCACUUCCGGUAGACAGAGGCUGGGCGUGGACCGUGCUUGCAGGCUCAAUAUCCGUUUACUUCUUCUAUGCCGGGGUAUUAAAGUCAUUCGGUAUUCUGUUUGUUGAGUUUCUCGACAAGUAUCAGGAAAGUGCAGCGGUUACCGCCCUUGUGUCUGGUCUGGAGUCAGUAUGUUUUACGAUAGCGGCACUGAUGUCCUUGACCGUUGGCCUGAGGUACGCGAACUGUCGGACACUUGUCAUCAUAGGUGGCCUCUUGAUGGCCUCGAGUUUUGUGCUCAGCUGCUUCGCGCAGGAUGUUUACUUCCUGUUAGUGUCCUACAGCGUCGUAUACGGUUUUGGACAUGGAAUGGUCUCGGGUCCAAUUCUAUGUAUCCUCGGUGAUUACUUUGACACGAAACGUGGAAUUGCAAAUGGAGCCGCUAUGUCAGCAUGUAGUGUCGGCGGGCUAUUGUUCGCCCCUCUGUGCCGCGCUCUACUCGACGAGUACGGACUCCAAGGAACUCUCCUUAUUUACGGUGGAUUGUUGUUCAACUGUGUGGCUGGAGGUGCAUUGUUGCGACCGAUAGAUUUUUUCUCACUUGAUAAAAGACGAGCGAAACUGAAAGCUAAUAAACGUGGUAAGAAAGGAAAGGGAGCAAAAAAGCCAGAAUCAGAAGAGAAGAAUGGAAAUUUAUCAAAGAGUCUACCACUAUUAGAUACCGAGGAACCGUUCAGAGCUAGGUCUCCAACGGCCGAUUCAACAUUUUCACCAUUAGCACGAAGAGCUAUGUUAAAAAGAAUGCGUUCAAGGACAGAGUCUGAGGUAGCUACUCAGGAACCUUUGCUUUCACCAAUAACACCAUCGCCAGAACAGCCCAAAGUAGUAACGCCCCAACCAAAGGCGGUAAAUGAACCGACUAGAUUCGGAAUUGCACGAUAUUUCAGCAAUGAAAGUCUUAUAAACAUAGCAGUUGCUUCAUCAGCUGGAUUUAAGACAUCCCACGAAAAUGUUCGAUCUCGUAAAAUAACAACGUCGGAGAGUACAGAAGGAAGUGCUACAAAUGUGGAUAAACAAACGUCUAAUUCUCAUGGAGUAUUUAAUUGUAGUAUAUUUUGUAAUUUAUCAUUUGUCCUUUUUGCACCUGGUUACUGGCUGGGCAGCAUAGCAGCAUCGUUGCCAGUGAUGUAUUUGCCUGCUCAUGCAGGGGAAAUAGGGAUAUUCGGACAGAAAGCAGCACUUCUGGUGUCCGUUACUGGUGCGUGUGACGCACUAGGACGACUUUUGGCGGGAGUAGUCUCUGAUCACUUUCAUGUAAAUCCAAGAUAUUUGACAAUCUUCGCUUGUGUAAUUGACGGACUUAUGCAACAAUUGUCGGUCCUUUUUACUGAGUACUGGCAUUUUCUAAUUUAUGCAAUUGUGUAUGGUAUAUUCGCGGGAUUUCUGUACUCCCUUUACGCUGUCAUUGUGCUCCAGAUGGUAGGAACCAAGGACUUCCGAAGCACGAUAACAGUUCUCAUGAUUGGACAAGGUGUCGGAUUCAGCAUAUCAAAUCCUUUAAUAGGAGCACUGAGGGAUACGUACGGCUCCUACGACGCCUCCAUGCACUACACAGGCGCAUGCGCAUUGUUGGCAGCUAUUCUAUUCACCAUAGAAACAAUAGUUCACAAAGUUAGGUCUAGCAAAGAAAAAGAAACAGAUAUAGAAAUGUCACCGGGAUAAAAGAAAAGAAAAAGUAUAGUUUAAU